AAAAUAGCCGGAAGCCAAGGAGGAGAGGAGAAACGAAAAUCGUUGCCGACUUCCUACUCUCUCUCUCGACUCACUGCAUUUCAGCCAAUUUAUCGCGAUAAAUUAAAGAGAAAAUCUCGAAUCGAGGAGAUCGAGAAUUGCCGCCAUGGACGCUGCAACUCAUCACCUUUGCUGCGGGAUCAAUCCCCUCCGGCGCACGUUAUCACUGGACGAGGGUUUCGGUUCUUCCAAGCGGAGAACGGGCUCGUUCCCUCUCACAAGAGACAGAGUACGGAGACGGAGGAGCGUGGUAGUUUCGGUCACGACCGAACCCAAGCCCGGAUCCGGGCCUCCCAGAAGCCUGCCUCUGAAGCCCGUCAACGGGACCUCUACGAGGUUUGGGAAUGUGUCGGAGGAGAUUAAGAAAGUUAGAGCGCAGAUGGAAGAAGAUGAACAGCUGUCGAUACUCAUGAGAGGUCUUCGAGGGCAGAAUCUGUCGGAUUCUCAGUUCGCCGACAACAAUAUUCAGCUUCGCCUAGUUGAGGUAGCUGAAAGCGGUGAGAGUUUGCCUUUGGUGUAUGAUCCUGCUAUCAUCUCAUCAUAUUGGGGGAAGCGUCCUCAAGCUGUUGCAACACGCAUUAUACAACUACUCUCUGUUGCUGGUGGCUUUCUUUCACAGUUAGCCUGGGAUGUGAUAAACAAGAAAGUAAAAGAGAAUGAAGUUGCACGAGCCAUUGAAUUGCGGGAGAUUGUAACCUCUUUGGGUCCCGCAUAUAUAAAGCUUGGGCAAGCACUAAGCAUUCGACCAGAUAUAUUGUCUCCUGCAGCAAUGACAGAGCUACAAAAACUUUGCGAUAAGGUUCCUUCAUUCCCAGAUGAUGUAGCAAUGGCCCUUAUUGAAGAGGAGCUUGGUCAGCCUUGGCAAAAUAUCUAUUCUGAACUUACCUCCUCUCCCAUUGCUGCUGCAUCUUUGGGACAAGUAUACAAGGGGCGCCUAAAAGAAAACGGGGAUCUGGUGGCAGUUAAAGUACAACGCCCUUUUGUGCUUGAGACUGUAACAGUUGAUUUGUUUAUCAUUCGGAACCUGGGAUUGGUGCUCCGGAGGUUCCCUCAGAUCUCCGUUGACGUUGUUGGAUUGGUAGAUGAAUGGGCUGCUCGCUUUUUUGAGGAGCUUGAUUAUAUUAAUGAGGGUGAAAAUGGAACACGCUUUGCUGAAAUGAUGAGAAAGGACCUCCCUCAGGUUGUCGUACCAAUGACAUACCAAAAAUACACAUCAAGAAAGGUUCUUACCACACAAUGGGUAGAUGGAGAGAAGUUAUCCCAAAGUACUGAAAGUGAUGUUGGAGAACUGGUCAAUGUUGGAGUCAUAUGCUACCUAAAGCAGUUACUUGAUACUGGCUUUUUUCAUGCUGAUCCACACCCAGGGAAUAUGAUUCGCACCCCAGAUGGGAAGUUGGCUAUACUUGACUUUGGCCUGGUGACAAGAUUAACAGAUGAUCAAAAGUAUGGAAUGAUUGAAGCCAUAGCCCAUCUUAUUCAUCGGGAUUACGAUGCUAUAGUAAAGGACUUUGUCAAGCUUGAUUUCAUUCCAGAGGGGGUGAAUUUGGACCCGAUCUUGCCGGUUCUAGCCAAAGUUUUUGAUCAGGCACUCGAAGGAGGGGGAGCCAAAAACAUUAACUUUCAGGAGUUGGCAUCAGAUUUGGCUCAAAUAACAUUUGAUUAUCCAUUUAGAAUACCCCCUUAUUUUGCUCUCAUAAUUAGAGCAAUUGGUGUACUGGAAGGCAUAGCUUUAGUUGGAAACCCUGAUUUUGCCAUCGUAGAUGAAGCAUAUCCAUAUAUCGCACAGAGACUCCUGACAGAUGAAUCCCCAAGGUUGAGAGACGCUUUGCGGUAUACAAUAUAUGGAAAAUCUGGUGUCUUUGAUGCUGAAAAAUUCAUUGAUGUCAUGCAAGCAUUUGAGAAUUUCAUAACUGCAGCUAAAAGUGGAGGUGGGGAAGACCUCAAUGGAGAAAUGGCUGAACUUGGCAUUUUACAGGGUCAAACUCAGUAUUUUUUUCCAGGAUUUCCAUCAAGUGCAUCUCAGCCAGAGCAGCCCGUUGAAACAAGGGCAGCCUUAGCUUUUUUAUUAUCUGACAAGGGAAACUUUUUCAGGGAAUUCAUUCUAGAUGAGAUUGUAAAAGCUAUUGAUGCAGUGUCAAGAGAACAGUUGGUUCAGAUAACUGCAGCCUUAGGAAUUGGAAACUCAGCCCCAGUUUUUAGCAUGGUUCCUGUCUUUGGAGCUCUAAAGCCUGCAGGUUUCCUGCCUUAUGUCACAGAGGAGGACAGGGUUAUAUUGAACAAUGUUCGGAAAGUUGUUGAAUUCCUCACUGCUGGAAGUUCAAAAUCAAGAACUCAGGAUGGAGAUUUGGCCCAGGUCAUCCAAGAGCUUCUUCCGGUAUUACCAGGCAUCACAGCACGGGUGCUUCCUGAGGUGCUUGGUCGGUUAUCUUCACGGGUGAUGGCACGUUUGAUCCGUGACGCACUUUUGUAAUAUGAGCAAGUUUUGUUGAGCGAACCAAAAAUUGCCUGCAAUCAUUCAACUUGAUCAGAGAUGCCAAGCCCUUCCAUUGUAUAUAAAAUAUAGCUUCCAUGGAUCAAAGGAGCAAGCAUGUAAAUUGCCCAAGGAAUUUGGGGGGAAUGCCUAUCCACCUCAUAUAACCCCGCCGUACAUUUGAGCAUGUUGAAUAGAAUAUAGAUCCUGAUUCAGGGAA